AUGAUCGGCCAACUUCUUCCCCUCUCGGCGCUGCUCGGCCUCGCGGCUGGCGCGGCCAUCCCGACCAAUGACGGCUUCCCGAGCCCAAGCGCGCAGCAGGAGCUCAGCAUAGCCCAGCAGGCGGGCGGCUUGUUGCCGAACGGACCGGCGCCAACGUCGCUCGGCGCCAACAGCAUCACCGCCUUCCAGCUCAUCGCCUUCAACGAACUCUUCGAGACGGCCUACUUCAGCUCGCUGCUCGCAAACAUCACCUCCGGCGCGGCCGGCUACGAGGCCGAGAACAAGGAUGAGCUCAUCAAGAUUUUCACCACCGUGCUCGCUCAAGAGGAGCAGCACGCCAUCGCGGCCGUCGCGACGCUCAAGGGCGUCAACGCCUUCGCCCCCUCGGCCUGCCAGUACCAGUUUCCCGUCUCGAACCUCAAGGAUGCCAUCAACCUCGCCGAGACCUUCACCGCCGCCGUCCUCGGCGCGCUCCAGGGCGCCAACGUCAUCUUCGGCCAGGACGGAAACGUGCCGCCGAUCCAGAUCGUCUCCUCCGUCAUCGGCCAGGAGGGCGCCCAGAACGGCUUCUACCGCGUCUUCCUCGACAAGGUUCCGUCCGAGUCGCCCUUCCUCACCGCCGUGCCCGCGCCCUUUGCCUGGUCGGCCCUGCAGGCCUUUAUCGUGCCCGGCUCCUGCCCCUACGCCCUGAGCGACAUCGCCCUGCCCAUCUUCCCGGGCCUCAUGACCAACGGCGGUGCCGUCGCGGCGCUCGAGCCCAAGGACCAGACCCUCAGCUUCAGCGCCGACCUGUCGAGCUCCGAGGCGGCCAAGAAGUACGUCGGCAGCAGCAGCCUCUUCCUCACCUACACGACGGGCCAGCAGAUGCCCAUCAGCGUGCCCAUCACCGACGUCAAGUGGGACGGGUGCACCAUCAGCUUCAAGGCCAACUUCCCCUACACCGAGCAUGUCAUGCAGGGCUUCUCCCACGCGGCGCUGACGACGGCCAACAACAUUGCGAACCCCAACGCCGUCGUCGAUUGCGCCCUCGCCGGGCCCGCCCUCAUCCAGGUGAACAAUCCUCUCUGA